GCGAAUAACACGCUAGUAGGGCUGACUCGCGCCGCUCAGAGUCUCACGGCCCAAAGCCGAUACCGUAGUUUAUUCUUAUUCUUCUUCUUCAUCGUCACCGUCAUCGGAACAACGCGUCGUCGUCGUUGUAGUAGUCGUAGUCGUCGUCGUCGUGCGGUGAUCGAUACGAUAUUAUAACGAUCGCUCUUUUAGUGAUCAUCAGCAGCCCUUACACGCCGAGAAGGAUACGAAUUUGUACGAGACGCCAACGAAAAGUGUUGUUUUACUGCAAAAUAUUUUUUUUCUUGGUUUACUUUUUACGAAUUUUUUAUUCACUUUGGUUCGUCGUUGUUUUGUUUUGGUUUUUUUUUUUUCGUCUUUUUUUCUUUCAUAUAUAUAUCUUACAAGAGAGAUUAUCAACGACGACACAUUGGAUAUAACAUUUCGUUGAUUGAUAAUUCGUCGCGUACGAGUAAUUUGUUGUGUGUUUGUUUCUUUUUUUCUCUUUCAAAUUUGUGAUUUUCAUUUUUUUUCUACUUUUUGUUUUUGUUGUUUGUCACCUGUCCCAACGAUCUUUUUACGAUCACCUCGCUCGUGUAGUGGAAGAAUAAGUUUUCGAUGGCUCUUUGCCGAGGGUCGAGAUGUUUCCACCCUGAAAGAAGACGACAACCCUCGGAGAGGAUAAGCAUCCGAGUCAAGAGCCAAACUGGAAUUUAGUGUUGAUACUUUGGUGAUUUGCGAGGUGCUGCGUAAUAGUUCGAGUCAAAAAUAAAGAAGAUAAUAAAAAACAUUCUUUCAGAGUGAUUACGGAUAUAAAAAAAAAAAAAAAGAGAGAAAAAGAAAUAAAGAAAGAAAGAGAGAGCUAGAAAAGAAGAGAGAAAGUGGAUCGGAUAAUUGUGAAAACAAGUGGAAAAUUUGUUAAUAAGUGUGUGAAAAAGAUAGGAAGUAGUGAAAGAGAGAAAGAAAGAGAGUAUAGUGAGGAUAAUAAAAGUGUAAAAGAUAACAGGAGAAAAGGAAGUAGCGGAAAACGCGUGGUUAGAUGCGUGGAAUUUGAAAACAGCAACCCACAGGCCAGCCCGACGCAAUGCGUCGACGCUGCUGACGCAACGCGCCUGGAUGCGUCUCACUCUGAGCACGUUACCACAGCUUGCCGUUUUAGCGAAGAUUUUGUGCCUCCUGAUGGUGGUGAUGUGCGGGGCGGUACCUGCGAUGGUGCGCUCCGUGAGUCUCUACUCGACUUGCAGCAGCGGCAAUGUUACCGUAAUGGGCCGCUCGAUCAAGGCCGUGGGACGCAGCGAUGACAAUGCACCCUACCAGAAGCUCACGACACAGUCCGAGGACUUCAGUAGGAAGUUGUAUAUCUUCGCGGAAAAAAGCCAGCGAUACAUUUGCUUCAACAAGCGGUGGAAACUCGUCGGCUUGCCGAAGAAACAGAAAGGACCGAUGUGCCAGUUUUACGAGGUAUACAACGGGUCGUAUCUCAGGUACAGGAGCGUGGCCGACGGUACGCGAUACCUCGGUUUCAACAAGCUCGGCAAACCGAUGAAAAAUCCCCAUGGUAGACAGGAAUGUUUCAACUUCAUCAAGUACAAUCCUCAUGCCGAUAUAAACCACCAUAACAGCCUGGUGAACGCGGAUAUGGGUGGUAUGGAACCGAGAGAACCUUACGUGCUAUCAAGAAAGCCUUCACCGAUGAGGGCAACGAAGAACUCGCUGAUACAAGCCGACAGUAGUGGUGUGAGGCAGCAACAACAGCAACAACAACCGCAACAACAGCAGCAACAACAUUCAGCAGGGCACACGACGCAUCGUCAUCGGCACUCGAAUCGUUGGAAGAAUCGACAGGACGAAGAGGAACACUCGGCGAUGCAACGAAGACGACACGAGAGUCGUCUCCUCGUCGAGGCCAGCAAGUAUUGAGCCGGAAAAAGCAUUGGCUCGCCGAUCAAGACUGCCUCUUUAAAUCCACACACGCAACACACAUAUACAUACAUGUAGUAGUACACGCGAUAUACACAAAGCGUACACAAAAUACAUACAUAUAUA